AUGUCAAGUGUUUCUAGAAAAGUUUCAAAUGUUGCAAAAGGUUAUAAAACUAAAGAUGGCGCAGGUGUAUCACUUUUAAGUGUUAUUGGUGGACCUAUCCUAUCAAAAUCAGUUGAUCCAUUCUUAAUGUUAGAUGCAUUUAAAUCAGAGAAUCCAAAUGAUUAUAUUGCAGGUUUCCCAUCACAUCCACAUAGAGGUCAACAAACUUUAACCUAUAUGAUAGAUGGUAUAAUGGAGCACAAAGAUAACAAAGGGAAUAAAGGAUUACUAAAACCUGGUAUGGUUCAAAUUAUGAAUGCUGCAAGAGGGUAUGUUUUUAAUUAUAAUUGUUAA